CCAUGCGAGCUUCAGUUUUCUCCAGGGCCUCGUCGGGAAAAAACGACGCGCCGCGAUCCCGUGAUCUCGCGUCAACCGAUCGCCAUUGUUACGCGAUUCUCUAUUCUCGCGCGGCGGGAACUCUUGCUGAUUUCUCUGUGCAGAUUGGGAGAACUUUGUAUUUGGGACUUGGUGCCGGGUCACGUGUCUUUGAUCUUGUGACUGAUUUGUAGAAAGACAUUCUAUGGAAAUGAAGGUUCUGUGAAACAUAGGGUCUACGGAAACGGGGUUCUGCGGAAACAUUCUACUGAGAUAAAGAUUCUACUGAAAUAAAUAUUUUAUAGAACUAAGGAUUCUACUGAAAUAAUUAUUGUAGAGAAGUAAAAACUCUGCGAAGUUAAAGAUUCAAUAGAAACAAAGAUUCUACAGAAAUAAAUAUUCUACAGAGGUAAAAACUCUGCGAAACUAAAAAUUCCAUCGAAACAAAGAUUCUACAGAAAUAAAUAUUCUACAGAACUAAAGACUCUACGGAACUAAAAAUUCCAUCGAAACAGAAAAUUUACGCAAAUUAAUAAAUUGAAGCUUGAAGAUCGCAUAUCGCAACGUGCUUUUUCACAUUGUUAAACUAAACAUUGUUCAGUAGUGCGAUGAAUUGAUACAAAUUAGAGUUUAGUGAUCGAAAUCUCGAUAGAGCUUAUUUCUAGUUUAUUUUCUUUGGAUAAACGAGACGGCUUGUGCGGUUUCCGGUCGGACGUUCCGCAGAGCAGGAAGGGAUUGUUGAGAUUGUGUGGUGAGUCGCUGGGCGCUUGAAUGGGGCGCCGAACAGUGAGGCCGCAAAAGUUGACUCGAGAAAAGCAACACCUCCCCCGCGGUUAAAGCGAUCUUGAACGGGAUUCACAGCCGCCGUUGUACUGUAUGGAAACGUCGGCCCCGACGGGAGAUAAUGAAGCCGUCGAGAAAAAUUCUGCGGAGCUUCUUGAUCGAGUGUCCGUGAACAGCUGCCCGCUGAGCAACUUCCCCGACAGGUUUCAAGACUUCUUCGCAGCCCUCAACGAAAACUCGAACGAUCUGCCCAGCAUGCUCGAGGACAAGCUAAUACCAAGGCAGCAGGACAACCCUAACGCCGACCCGAAGGCCAGACGAUGGAGCAAGCGGGCAUUUCAGAGGCGAAGCAGCGAGGUCGAAGUUCGUCUGCACCGCACUUCGUUGAUGGGCUCGCAAGGUCACGCGGCCGUCGACGGGCCGAAAUCGCCGACCCCUUCUAGACGACGCAGCUCGAGCAUAGCUGUAGCCAGACCAACCCCAGACUUGCACAGGAAAAUAGUGGGGCCGUUUUUACGUCAAAGUAUUACACAAUUCCUGCAAGCAGAAGCUGGUCCAUGGGGUCACCUCUCACCUUCACCGAGGAGUCCCACGAGGACGCCGGCGAUCAGUCCAGGGGCAGUGUCCUCAUCUUCUCACUUGAGCCCGGGUACAAGCCCCGGUGGCCCGAGUCCAACGAGUCCAGCUGGUCCGGCCGGUUUAACGUCUGGAUCCCGUGGUUCGGGUCCAAGGCAAUAUCGCGGAAGGACCAGCAGCAUGCCAGCGGUUCCGCGGCACAGGCCGAUGCUUGCUGAAACGAAACGCGGCGGCGCCGGUGGGGCCGAAGAGGGUGAAACCGAGGAUGGCAUGGAAUAUUACAGGGUGAGAUCGUUUUCUAUAACAGCGAACGGGGUCUACAACCUCGGCGAUUCGUUGAAGAGCCGCCGUAGCAGGAGCAUCAACAGCGUCACAUCAUCCGGCACUAGCUGCAGCAGCACCAGGGAGGCUAGAUUGCUCAGCUUGGCGUCGCAGCUUUCUGGCAUGGAAGCCGAGGAGGACACGAGCAACGAACGAGUGGCCACUUACAAAGUCGGCAUGCUGGGUGCGUCGGGGGUUGGGAAAACCGCCCUCACCGCGCAGUUCACCACCAGCGAUUACAUUUGCGCUUACGACACUUCUCUCGAUGAAGAAUACGGGCAGAAAAGCGUUUCCGUGAUGCUCGACGGCCAGGAAACAGAACUGGAAAUCAUCGAUCACCCAGCGGCAGAGAUGUCCGUGGAAACAUUCUGUUCGACGUAUAACCCGGACGUCUACGUGGUGGUUUACUCUGUGGUGGACCGGCUGAGCUUGAAGGUGGCCGAGGAGACCCUGCUGUAUUUGUGGAAGAGCGAUUACAUGGCCAGCCACGGAGUGAUUCUCGUCGGGAACAAGGUCGACCUCGAGCGAAAACGGGAGGUCUCGUCAGUCGCCGGCCGGCGUUUGGCGAACAACUGCGGUUGCAAAUUCAUUGAAACUUCCUCGGGUCUGGCGCACCACGUGGACGAGUUGCUGGUCGGCAUUUUGGCGCAGAUCAAACUGAACCCGCAACGGGACCGGGACCAAGCGACGCGGCGGAGGAGGAGCAAGCACCGCAGAAGGAUCCUGAAGCACCUGCUCGGCUUUAAAAGGAAAACGAAGAGCUGCGAGAACCUUUUUAUUCUCUAACGUUUCCGAAGGGAAUUCAGAGGGACAGCUCCAUUAUUAUUGUUGCACGUAAAGUGGUGGGCAGUUCAAUUUUCAUUUUGUAGAGUGUCGGGCUUUAUGCUGUUCCAGGCAUUUUUAUCUGAAAAUUCUGGAAUGAAGCGUUUGAUUUUCUUUAUUAUUCCGUGACAAUGAGAAUCUGUACAUUUGGAAUUUGUGGAUUUCAUUAUUUUCGGACGGGGUAUUCUUGUUAUCGAAUCAAUGGGAUUUUCGAAAUGUUCAAUGUACAGGAAUUAAUUGAACAGUCCACGAAUCAUUUCUGACAUCGUUUUUCUGCUGUAUGCCCCGAUGGUACUUUAAACUAUUGUUUUUAUUAAAAUGCUGCUAAGUAAACCUACCGAA